UGAUCGUGAAUAGCGUCUCUCUGUGCUUCCAUCACAAACUCAUCUUAGCCCCUAUGGUUUGGGUGGGCACUCUCCCAGUGCAGCUGCUGGCCCUGGAUUAUGGAGCUGACAUCGUUUACUGUGAGCAGAGGCAGCAUAGCAUGACUGGGAGACCAUUCCAGAAAGCAAGGAGCUAACUCCAGAGAAGGACUUUGCUGAAGGGGAAUCAGCGCCUGGGGUGUUGAUAGAAAGAUUUCCAAAGGAAGGUUCCAGUGGGCAUGAAGACUCUUUAGAGAGUCAGCAGGAAAACCAUGAGAAACGUUUGAUUCAAGAAGUCGUCACUUAGAAGAAACUUUCUGAAGAGAGAAGCUACCAGUGUGAUGAAUUUAGAAAGAAUCUGAGUCGGCGGUCAUUGCUGGUCCAACAACAAGAAGAGAGACUUCAUAACUUUGAUUCAUUUAAAAAGAACUUGAAAUGAAAUUCAGAUAUACUUAGACAUGAGAGGAUGUGUGCAGGGAAGAAACCUUGGAAGUGCGAUGAGUGUGACAAAGCCUUCAGUUACUACUCGGCUUUUGUCCUGCAUCAGAGGAUCCACAUGGGAGAAAAGCCCUACAAGUGUCAGGAGUGCGGCAAGGCCUUCAGCCAGAGCAUCCACCUCACCCUGCACCAGAGAGUCCACACCAGGGAGAAGCCCUACAGCUGCCAUGAGUGCGGCAAGGCCUUCAGCCAGCGCUCAACCCUCUUCCGCCAUCACAUCGUCCACACCGGCGAGAGGCCCUACGAGUGCGGCCAGUGCGGCAAGGCCUUCAACCAGAGCUCCUACCUCACCCAGCACCAGCACAGCAAGGCCUUCAGCCAGAGCACCUUCCUGACCCAGCACCAGGUCAUCCACACUGGGGAGAAGCCCUACAAGUGCAAUGAGUGAGGCAAGGCGUUCGGUGACCGCUCGGGCCUGAUCCAGCACCAGAGGACUCACCUGGCGAGAGGCCCUACGAGUGUGGCCAGUGUGGCAAGGCCUUUGGCUACUGUUCCGCCCUGAUCCAGCACCAGGGGAGUCACACCGGGGAGAAGCCCUAUAAGUGCACUCACUGCGCCAAAGCCUUCAGUGAUCGCUUGGUGCUCAUCCGUCAUCAGAGGACACACACUGGAGAGAAACCCUAUGAGUGCCAGGCCUGCGGGAGGGCCUUCAGCCAGAGCUCCUCCCUUUCUCAGCAGCAGAAAACACAUGCUGGAGGGGGAAGGAAGGAACACACAGCGGCCCUCAGUCAGCACCCAGCACUUGGCCAACAGAAGAGGGUUCACACUGGGUGAAUGCAUGUCAGGGUGGACUCAUGGCGUU